AUGCAGAUUCCCGAAGCCCAACAGCCGUUUCUGGACAGUGUUCAGGAGAUUCUUCGCAAAUACGAUGCCGAGCUCAAGGAUAUCAAUCAAAAGAUCUGGUCUAAUCCUGAGCUAGCUUAUGAAGAGUAUCAAGCCCACGAUCAUAUCUGCGAUCUCUUCAGUAAGCUUGCGGCGCAAGGGUAUCAAGUUCGCCGUAAGGCCUAUGGAAUGGACACGGCUUUGGAAGUUGAGUACACUCACGGAGCGGGAGGUCGCCUCAUAGUAUUCAACGCAGAGUACGAUGCGCUCCCUGGAAUCGGCCACGCAUGUGGCCACAAUCUCAUUGCCACGAGUGCCAUCGCUGCAUUCAUCGCGACCUGCGAGGCGAUGAAGGCCAAGGCACAAGCAUCAGAGCUCCCAGGAUUUACUGUUCGACUUCUGGGAACUCCCGCCGAAGAGUCUGGAGGCGGUAAGGUGAAGCUCAUCCAAGCGGGCGCCUACAACAACGUAGAUGCCUGUUUGAUGGUUCACCCAGUUCCAAUGUCUCCCACUCAACCACAAGUGCAUGGGAUUGCGACGACCGUGGAGGGCGGAUACCUUGCCAAUGAUAAGGUCAAAGUCACUUUUAUCGGAAAACCCGCCCACGCAGCCGGUGCUCCAUGGGAGGGCAUCAACGCGCUGGAUGCAGUCGUGUCGGCCUAUGUCAAUAUCUCACUCCUCCGACAACAGAUUUUACCUUCUCAGAGAGUGCAUGGUGUGAUUGUCCAUGGAGGCGACCGUCCCAAUGUGAUUCCCAUGUCUGCCACGCUGGAUUACUACAUUCGAUCACCGACGAAGAAGACAUUGAAAGUCUUGACCGAAAAGGUCGUUCAGUGCUUCGAAGCCGCUGCAACUGCGACGGGGUGCAAGGUGGAAUAUGAAUGGGGAGUAUCAUAUGACGACCUCAAGUCUAACAUGCCCAUUUGCGAAAAAUACGUCUCUGCAAUGAGCGCCAUGGGUCACUUGACUCUACUCGACAAUUCUGCUGCUGGAAAGGGUGCAAUGUCGGGUGGCUCAACUGACAUGGGCAACGUUUCAUACGUCGUACCUGGAUUCCAUGGAAUCUUUUGUAUUCCUUCCAAGGGAGUCAACCAUACUCAUGAAUUCACCAGCGGUGCUGGGUCUCCCGAAGCUUUUGAGAGAGCGCUACAUUGUGGCGCUGGUAUGGCGGUUGUUGGAUGUCAGAUGUUGGUGGACGACAAAUUUGCCGAGGCUGUCAAGAAGGACUUUGAGAGCAGAUAG